AGCCAUAAAACGUUAGUUUUCUUUUCAUACUAUGGCACAUUUUCGUGGACAGAUACGCGGGCCUCACUGGGGGCCUACGUUAGACAACAUGCUGAUCGACUUCUGGCGCAGACAAGAGUGUUUGUUUAAUUCGUCGCUGGAGUCUUACUAUGAUAAAGAUUUAAAGACGAAGCUGUGGUCAGAGUUUGCAGUUUCCAUCGGAAAACCCGUAUCUGAUGUAGAAAGAAGAUCAAGAUCACUUCGGACUCAGUAUGGGAGAGUGUUAUGGCAUCCUGAGAGGAUCAACACUUUACAAAAGAAGAUGCUGAAGGAGAAACUUGAUUUCUUGAGGCCUUACAUAGUUCGCAGACGAAGUGAUUCGUAUCUUGAUGACAAAUUUGAUGACGGGGAAGAGGAUGAUGAGGACUUGGAAAUAGGACAUUGUGACCAGAAAAUGGGAAGUACACUUGGCAACCCCCUGGAUGCUGAUGUGGCUGGGCAAGAUCUGCAUGACGAACCUUUGCCCGUUGCCUCCACUGCCAGUCUGGCUUCCUUGCACUGUGCCAGCCCAUGUCCUCAUAUUACAGAGAGCAUAUCUUUGAGCUGUGACUGUCAUGAUGCAGGUCCUCCUGACCAGCCUGAUCAAACACAAGUUCCAUUAAACAUACCUAAGCAUGAUAUACUGAACCAGUUUGCAGAGGUCAUGUUGGCAGAUAUGCAACAGAUUAAGAACCCCGUGGUGCAAAUGAGGCUGCGUAGAGAUAUCACCAACCUGGUGUUCAGAGCAGUGGAGGAAGAUUUGCAGAGCCAAUAUGGUCACUGGUCAUCUGUGUCCAGCUUUGGCGAGAGUGCACAAUUACAGAGCUACUCAAGACCUCAAGAAACAUGUUCACAAUCAGGCAGCUUUUGGAGACAGACAUUUUUGAAGAGAAAGCUCAAAAGGUCUGAGGUUGAAAGGAGACUACACCGACAGGAGGAGGUGAAGCGCAUGAGAGUACAUCCUGUCCACGAAGGGGGUGCAGUGGAUCUGAUAAGUGAAAGCUGUUCUCAGCCUGAGCUUAAACUGGAUCCAGAACUGCAUGUGAUUAAGACUGAGGAGGUGUUGGAUGCAGGUGUAUCUGUACUUCCUGAUUAAAGUUUUCUUGAUGGUUGUAGGUUAGUAAGUUAGCUAACACAAGGUCACAAAUGGUCAUUUACUGUAUU